CGCGCAGCAAGGUCGCAUUCGCCAUCGCCAUCGCCUUCGUCGUCGUCAUAGUCAUCGCUUGCCAACUUGCUGGCUUUUACACUCGUAUUGCAGCAGUAGAGAUUUGCUCAUCGACGUGUACGUACUCGAAUUUGGUGAAAACGCAGUGCGAACGACGCGAAUCUACCGAAGCGGCAGGCAAUGCUUGGUUGUACGCCGUGAGUUGUGCUAAUUAAUAUUUUUUGUUUAUAAACAAAAAGAAAACGCCGGGACGCCAAAAAUACGCUAAACCCAUUCGCAGGUGAAAAAUAGAAUAGAUUUACACAGUGAAAAAAUGCAGUAAUGGGCGGCAGUAGGAGUUACAGUGUAAGCAGCAAUGGCAGUACGAGCAGUGGUGGCAGCACUUGCGGAAAUUACAGUGAAUACAGCGCUGCAGGCCGUAGUGAAAAGUUAUGUAGAGUGAUGGCAAUAGUAGCACCAAAGUUGGUAUACAGCAGAGCUGGCAAUCAGCGAUUACCGGUAGCAGGCGGUGGAGGAGCAGUGGCGUCGCAACAGCCACAUCAACGGGUGCGGCCACGUCGCAUAAUGUGCCGCUGUUGCCUGUCGGAGCAGCAGCAGCAGCAGCAGCCCACCACGGGCCAGUCACCGCCGGACUCAUGCUCCGAUGAGGAGACUCCCCUUUUGGAGUUUGUGCCACUGGACACCUUGGCCAUGGUGGAUUUGCGCGAUGAUAAGUUUACAACUUCAACGACAGCCGGCAAUGAUUCAUACAAGGCUAUCAGAACGCUAUCGACCAAAGGCAACAAACUCAAUGGCACGCCAACAACAAUGAUGGCCAACAGCUGUGGUGGUAGCGUCGACAGUGGCAGUGGCAGUGGCAGCACCACCACCACCCUGCUCGAUUGUUUGAACGCGUGUGCGCGCAUUGGCGCUUCGCUUGCGGACAUUGAACUGCCCCAACACAUCUGUCUCGACUGCUGUCACACACUGGAGAUGUGCAGCGAGUUCAUACGUUGCGUACGGAAUGCGGACAAAAUUCUACGCAGACGUUGUGCGCUGCCGGCAAAGCGCUCACGACAACAACAACAGCUUCUGCAACAGCUGCCGCAGCAACGACAAGCAGCCGGAAUGCCGGUUGUAGGCAUCGUUGAUUUGAAUGGCGAGGAGGGACCAGCAGCGAAACGUAGGCGGCGUCGUGAAGAGAAAGUGCAGCAGUUGAGUGCCGGUCGUGCCAGUGGCAGCGCAAGAGGCCUCGGCUACAACACGCCCAAGUCAAUAUCCUUGCCGAAGUCAGUGUCGGCGACGGCGACGGCGGCAGCGGCAGCGACGGCGACGACAGCGUCAGCGGAGAGGGAUGAAUUACUGGACAGCAGCGUGUCAUUGGCAGGCGUGGACGAGAGCAAUUUUGUGCGCUCAUUUGACAGUGGCAUUGAAAUUGACGAAGACUUGAGUUCUGUCAAAUCGAGCGAUUGUAGCGCGAAUGAGCAACCGAUAAGCUGCCAUCUGGCGAAAUAUGAAGGCUAUACUUAUGUGGUCAACGAAACACUUUCACAUGAUCUCGAACGCUUUCACAGGAGUGGGCGUAUUCAGGCUGCCAGCAGUGGGGGUGCUGCAGCAACAUACAAAUGUGGCUUCUGCAUUUUCGAGUGCAGUGUGCGGCUGGAGCUGAAUAAACACUUGCAAAUACAUUUGGGCCCGCCACAACACAGCUGUCGUAAAUGCAAUUUUGUUGGCCACUUUAAGUUUUUACUGGCGCAGCAUAUGCGUAAUGUACACCACUGUACGCUGGAGGCGAUUGGAACGGGUCAAGAAGCGAAGGUUGGCGGCGAUAUCGCACGCGGUUGCCAAGUAGCUGGAACAGUAGCAGCAGCUGCAGAGGGUCCCAAAUACCACUGCCAUUUAUGUGGAGAAUGUUUUGUCAAUUAUGAUGCCUUGCAACAGCAUCGAAAAUCGCACAAAGUUUUUUGUCAAUGCACCGUGUGUACGUACAAAAGUUCGACUCGCGAAAAUGUUCUGGAGCAUAUGGCUAAAGAGCACAAGGUACUCGUGGAGCGGCGUUUAAUUGUUAAAUAUAUACCGCUUCAGCGAAUUAAUGCCGAACACCUAAAAGAAUUUGGAGGCAAAAAAACUGUAAGCGAUUCUGCAGAAUCAAAACUGUUACCAAAGGACAAUAAAUAUCGAAAACAUUUAUGCCAAUUUUGUGGCAAAUGCUUCGAUCGGCGCUUCCAUUUGCUAAAGCACGAGUAUGGCGUGCAUCGGCUGGAAAUCGAGCAGACGACUGGUGUUGAUGCCAGGACGCGUGCGAAAUUGCCAGGUUUCGGGAGCGGCGGGAGCACGUCAACAAAGCACACAAAACUCAAAUAUUUGCGACAACGUAACGCGGUGCACGCGGCACGCCAACAACGCUGCAUCGAGGAUCUCUCGCUGCUGGACGAUCAGCAGCCAGGCCAAGAUAUAACAAGUGAAUUUCAAUGUGAAAUCUGUUCGGCCGUAUUCAUGUUCAAUUUCGAGUUAAAAUAUCAUAUGCGCACGCAUAAGAUCAGCACGCAUACACAAACAGGGGCAGGGGGCAAGGAGGCAGCUGAUAAGCGUACCGACACGCCUACUCCACUGGUAUCAGCAAAAUGCACACAGCCGCUAGCAGCUGUUAUCACAACGCAGCGAGUACAAAAAGUACUUGUAGUUGAGAACAAAGGAAAGGGCGAAGGCGAUAAUGCUGGCGACGGAGACGGCAAAGGAGGUGGCGAAAGCGAUAGUGAAGCCAAUGGCGAGCGGGAGACUGAAGCUGAGGAUGAUUCAUUGAAGUAUACGAAUACUUUCUCAAAUAAUAUGGAUGCCACUUUGCCAGGCUUGCCUGGUAGCGUUGAUUUGGACUUGAUGGCAUUGGUGGCGCCGCAAAUGUCGCCACUGGAUUCACUGGAUGCUAGUCCGACCAGCAGCAACAACAGUUUCGACAUCAACUACGAUGAUCAAUUGUAUUUGAAUGAAUUCGAUUUGGGUCUGCUGGACUGCAGUGGAGGAUUUGGUGGAUUUUAGUUGGCAUCAGCGUAGAGACUAAUUAUUACAUAAUUAGAUAUUUGCUUUUUAUUUUUGUUUGCUUGCCUAUUUUGAUUGAGUGGGAAAAAGGCACGUAAGCAUUGUAAGCAUUCGAGGAGAAAAGGUCAGAGACUGAGCGAAGUGAAAAGCAAUACAAAGACAAUUGCUGCAAUAUUUUUAUAUAUAUUUUUUCAUUGAAACUAACACACACACACAUACUUAUUUAAUACUAACAGUCAUAUUUGCUUAAACUUUACUUGACCACCAAAGUUUACAUGAAAUAGUUAUCGACUUUCCAAACUCCCAGUAUAUAGCGUUUAUGCGAAUAUCUCAAGAACAAUUUUAAAAUAAAAACAAAAGAUGUUUUCUAAAAUACAUCAAGAAUUUUAAUUCUCACUUCCCACAUCUAACUCACUCUUUUUGUUAGUUCAAAAUUGUAAAAUUUUAUAUUUUUCGCCAAAUUAAUUUAAAUAAUUAAGUUAUCAAGUUUUACAUUUCAUAAAUACAUAUUUAUUAAAUUCUAGGCAUAUGCUAUUUACCAAUUCCAUAAUAUUCUUACUAAUGACUGCCAAUGUAAACUUGUUAGUAUUUUUUCUAGUUAAGUUAUUUUUUUUUAACACAUUUUACCCAUUAAAUAUUUUUUGGGCAAGUUUCUCCGGUACUUAUUAUAACUGUUUGUAAAUCUUGCUUGAAUUGUAUCCUAUUUUCGUAUUUCUGUUUUUUAUGCUCUUUUCAUAUUUCUAUACUUUUAUGAUUUCAAGUCCUUAAUCUGCAAUUAAUCAAAGAACUAAUGAUAAAAUCAUUAAAAAAUUAACAAUAAAAAAUGCGCUCUCAACUAAAAAGUGUUUUAUUGAAAGUGGGAGAAGUUCAAGAAGAGAUAAAUAAAUUCAAUAAACCAAACAAAACAAAAACUAGGCAUUUCAAUGUGAAUUUUUUGUCUCUUGGGUUGGCUUUCACUGGAAAC